UAUUCUUUUAUGCAUUUAUUUAUAUAUAAGGGCUAGGGUUAUUUUAUUUUAUUUUCUUCGUUUUUUCUUCUCGUCACAUUGGCUAGAAUUUUAAUUUUAAAAUCCUCUAGAAAGCCAAUCUUUCUUCGUCUCAGGCUCUUUCUCUCGGGAUUUAUAAGAUUAGGGUUAGGUUUUUUGCUUUGUGGAUAAAGAUGUAUGCUGAUCGAGUGGAGGCUGUUGGCAAAAGGUCGGUAAAGGAGCGACUCAAUGGCAACUCCGCCGACAACUCUAUUCGCCGGCAUCAAAUCACUGGCAAGAGGCAGAGGCAAGAUGACAAGUGGGAACAUGAUCUUUACCAAGAUGACUUACCUCAAGUUUCAAAUCGCAAAGUCAAUGCCCGUGAUCUUCGUUUGAAGCUCCAAAGGAAAAGUUUCCAACAGGUGUCUCAAAGUGGAAGGGGAGCUUUCUCAGGUGUGCUUGAUCUUCGUGAAAAGUUAUCUGGAACAAUGAAUGCACAGCCUCUAAAUGUUGAUCCACCAAAACCAAAAGUGGAAUCUGCCAAACCAGCCAGGAAAAGUGUAGCAGUUGAAACUUCUGAACCAGAACCGAAAAGGGCUGCAAAUAUGGCAGCAAGGAAGAAGGCUCAGCAAAAGGCUGAUACAUCAGUAGAGGGCUUCCUCCAGUCUUUGGGUAUUGAAAAAUACACAAUUCUUUUUCAAGCAGAGGAAGUUGAUAUGACUGCUCUUGUACACAUGACUGAUGAGGAUCUAAAAGCUUUAGGAAUACCAAUGGGCCCAAGAAAGAAGAUACUUCUGGCAUUGGAACCCAGAGGCUGACGUUUGGAGUUUUAGCAAGUGGUUGUUGCCAGUAGGAUCUCAAGAUGUAUUAUUGGCUGACAUCCCUACAAGGUAGCAGGGCUGUGUUUAGGCUGAUGAGACCCUGCUUGUAGCAAUUCUUUGGGUACUUGUUUAUUUUACUUUUUGUUCAGCUUUAUUGACAAAAAUGUGGAUUCAUGAGGAGCUUGUAUUGAAAUGGAAGUAUGGAGUAUCCUUAGAUUGCAA